UUCCAGAAACUUUAAAACUCACACCCCUCCAUCACACUCCACUUGCGCGUUCAAGAUGCGAGAUUGCCUGAGCAAUAGUUCCUCUCGCUACAGGCCUACAUUUGAUUCUGCUCGGUUAGUGAGAGAACAUUCUCCAAAAUUCUGCUUCCUAACAAAUUAUAUUUAAUUUUGUAUUUUUCCAUGUGCAUAUAUCAUUCACUCAUUUGAUUAGUAUAAUGAGGGGUUUUGGCUUUGAAGCCUGUUCAUUGUCGUUGACACAGCUAUGCAUCCUCAGUUGCAUAAUGCAAACAGUUCUUACGCAGGAUGCUUCGCCAUCAGCAGCUUUAAGGCAGAGAAUGCCAUGGCAACACAACGGGCAGGUGUUUAGUAUACUUAGCCACGGUUCUGAAUAUCAGCCUUCGGGACGAAGAGACCGAAACACAGGUUCAGCUCAACGGAAUCACAUAGUUGUCGUUAUCAACAAUAAUGAGACGGCUGAAGAGACGAAUGUGCACAGAUACCCUGCGCCAAGAGGCUCUCCAAGGCGGCCAGCGCCGGGUGUGCAAUUACGCACCGCGCGUCGACGUCCUAGUGGGGCGAUUAGACAUGAAAGACCCCAAGAGAACCGGGAGACUGCUUCAAGACCUUCAACAUCAAAUCCCACCGACGACAAACCCACAUCUACUAACUCUCCACCACUGACUAAUUUGAGAAGAGAGGAUAUGAUGGUUGGAGAUGACCCGAACAACCCCUAUAAAUCCAUUGGUUAUAAUCCCUAUAACCCCUAUUAUAAUUAUUAUGAUGCUUAUUACAGACCUAGAGCCAGAAGCAGAGAGCCGCAUGGUUAUGGCACAAGUUAUCAUCAACACGGAGGUCUCCCUGACUUGGUGCCUGACCCAUACUAUAUUCAAGUUUCCUCCUAUAUCCAGAGGUCGCCCAUGUACAAUCUGAGAUGUGCAGCCGAGGAAGGUUGCCUCGCAAGUUCUGCUCAGGGCGUGGCCGACUACGACACCCGGGUGCUGCUGCGGUUCCCCCAGCGCGUGAAGAACCAGGGCACUGCUGACUUCCUGCCCAGCAAACCUCGCUAUGCCUGGGAAUGGCACAGCUGCCAUCAUCACUUCCAUAGCAUGGACGAGUUCAGUCUGUACGAGCUGCUGGAGACCGGCUCAGAGAGGAGCGUUGCUGAGGGACACAAGGCCAGCUUCUGUUUGGAGGACACGUCAUGUGACCCGGGAUACUACAGACGCUUCGCCUGCACGUCUCACACUCAGGGAUUGAGUCCUGGAUGCUAUGACACCUAUAAUGCCGAUAUUGACUGUCAGUGGAUUGACAUUACUGAUGUAACACCUGGGAAGUAUAUCCUUAAGAUCACUGUAAACCCAGGUCACCAGGUUCCAGAGUCCAACUUUGACAAUAAUGUUGUUCGUUGUAGUGUUCAAUACAGUGGCACCUCUGUCCAGGUUUCAGGGUGUACUGUUACAUCGUACUAAGAACAAAGGAAACCACCGAAGAAGCUUAACGAUGAUUUGCAAAACAAGACAACAACCAACAUGGACGGACGAUCAAAUAUGAAGACAUUAUUGUUUACAGUAUUUAUUGGUCUGAGUUUCCCGCAAAGCGUAGCAUUUCUCUCUUUCUUUCUUUUCUUUUUUACUUUAUGAAUAUUCCUGGUUUAAACAAUAUCAUAUUACACUAUUCACCCUUCUUUUUUUUAAAGCAUAAUGUGCAAAGUUGAUAGAGACAAAGGUCAUGGAUGAGAAAGACUGUAGUAAGUAUUUCACUGUUGACGAAGCAUGUGACAUAACAUUUGAUUUUAAAUUUCAUCUUCACAAGCAUCAUUUUGUUUGGAAUGGUAAAAGGUUUAAUUGAUUUGUUGUGGUAUACAUUAUACAUAAAAUGGUUGUUUAGGUGCUAAUUUAAGAUUGUUAUUGUAUGGAAGUUUUAGUAUAAUGAAUAUAUUUAAUCAAAUGUUGCCAUUUUAAACAAUGUUUACAAUAUACGUGAAAUAUCGGUGCCACAUUUACUUGGGUUAUGUAAUACAUAUCGGUGCCACAUUUACUUGGGUUAUGUAAUAAAUAUCGGUGCCACAUUUACUUGGGUUAUGUAAUAAAUACUGGUGCCACAUUUACUUGGGUUAUGUAAUACAUAUCGGUGCUACAUUUACUUGGGUUAUGUAAUAAAUAUCGGUGCCACAUUUACUUGGGUUAUGUAAUACAUAUCGGUGCCACAUUUACUUGGGUUAUGUAAUAAAUAUCGGUGCCACAUUUACUUGGGUUAUGUAAUAAAUAUCGGUGCCACAUUUACUUGGGUUAUGUAAUAAAUAUCGGUGCCACAUUUACUUGGGUUAUGUAAUAAAUAUCGGUGCUACAUUUACUUGGGUUAUGUAAUAAAUACUGGUGCCACAUUUACUUGGGUUAUGUAAUAAAUACCGGUGCCACAUUUACUUGGGUUAUGUAAUAAAUACCGGUGCCACAUUUACUUGGGUUAUGUAAUAAAUACCGGUGCCACAUUUACUUGGGUAAUGUAAUAAAUAUCGGUGCCACAUUUACUUGGGUUAUGUAAUAAAUAUCGGUGCCACAUUUACUUGGGUUAUGUAAUAAAUAUCGGUGCCACAUUUACUUGGGUUAUGUAAUACAUAUCGGUGCUACAUUUACUUGGGUUAUGUAAUACAUAUUGGUGCUACAUUUACUUGGGUUAUGUAAUAAAUAUUGGUGCUACAUUUACUUGGGUUAUGUAAUAAAUAUUGGUGCUACAUUUACUUGGGUUAUGUAAUAAAUAUUGGUGCUACAUUUACUUGGGUUAUGUAAUAAAUAUUGGUGCUACAUUUACUUGGGUUAUGUAAUAAAUAUUGGUGCUACAUUUUGAGACUGGAGAAAAGUUAAAAUAUUUGUUUUAUUGGGACUAUAGAGAAUUAUUGACUUGUUUGUGUAUAUACAUUUGCAUUUGAGUCAUUUAGCAGAUGUUCUCAUCAACAGUGACUUACAGUAGUGAGCGCAUUUAGGAUAUUUUCUAUACAGGGAAACAAAAAACACUCUUUUAAGCUAGUUCUACUGAAAUUCUAACCAUACUGUACAUAUUGCCGGGCUCAUGUGUUCGUGUUCCAUUCAUGAUACAACACAAAGAUCUGCAAAUGUAUUGUGAAUGCAAUUUAAAUCAAGUUUGGAUUUUAUUUGAAAUUGCGUUUUUUUUUUGUCUCAAUAUUUGGAGAGAGAGAAAUAGGCCGUGUAAACACAAUAAAAUGCUUAAAGUUC